UAUUUUCCACAACAAUACCCAACUACCCAAAAAAGCCAUAGAGAAAUUCGCCCCAUCCUUCGCAUAAUAUUCAACAUCGAUCGAUCGCAUCCUCCUAGCACGCAAGCCCAACGCCUCUUCCUCCCCUUCUUCUUCGCCGCCGCCGCCGCCGCUGCCGCCGUCGCCGUCGCCGUCGCCGCCAUGUGCACGCUCGAGAAACGCGGCGACGUCUUCUACCUGACCCUGACCGGAUCCGACGAGCACCGGCUCAGCCCCACCCUGAUCGCCUCCCUCCUCUCCGCCCUCGCCGAGGCCGCAUCCCAGUCCACCCGCGGCUCCGUCCUCGUCACCACCUCCGCCGGCAAGUUCUUCUCCAACGGGUUCGACCUCGCCUGGGCCCAGUCCGCCGGAUCCCCCGACGAGGCCCAGCGGCGCCUCCACCAGAUGGUCGAGGAGUUCAAGCCCGUGGUGGCGGCGCUGAUCUCGCUGCCGAUGCCCACGAUCGCCGCCGUGCAGGGGCACGCGGCGGCGGCGGGGCUGCUGCUGGCGCUGAGCCACGACUACGUGGUGAUGAGGAGCGACCGCGGGGUGCUGUACAUGAGCGAGGUGGACAUCGGGCUGUCGCUGCCGGACUACUUCGGGGCGGUGCUGAGGGCGAAGGUGGGGUCGGCGGCGGCGAGGAGGGAGGUGGUGCUGAGGGGGAGGAAGGUGAGGGGGGAGGAGGCGGUGGCGAUGGGGAUCGUGGAGGGGGCGCACGACGGCGAGGAGGGGGUGGCGGGGGCCGGCGGGCGGCUGGCGGAGGAGCUGGCGGGGAGGAGGUGGGACGGCGAGGUGUACGCCGAGAUAAGGAAGGGAUUGUACCCGGAGCUGUGUGGCGUGUUGGAGUUGACCACCAAAGUCAUCGCGACUCCUAGGCUUUGACGAGUUGGUCUGGUCUGAUGGCAAAAAGUUGCAAGUGCUGGCUUUCCUAUGUCGGUACCUCGGUGAUCGUUUUUGCCUCAUGAUCUGUGCUCCAGCCGGAUCGAUGACCCGAACCUUCCAUUUCGGGCUCUCGAAUGUUUGACGACUCAAGUUAUCCUCAUCUCGAUCUAUCAUCGUCCCAGCAGGCACAUGGAUACUUUCCUCGAUGCACGGAGUAACCGUACUCGUGGAUAGGGUAUUAGCUCAGUAAUUCGUUAAGAGGGCUUGUUUACACCAAGCAAAUGCAUUCAUGCUUUUUCUGGUUCCCACGGCUUCUCUGGCCCAUGUGCUCGAGCAAUGGUGUUUCUUCAAACCCUGCUUCUCUCUGGAGGUAUGCCGAAUUCGGGAUCCUGCCCUCCGGCAUAAUUUGAUUUCGCUGCUAAUGUUUCUCACAAGGAUUUAUAUUCCUCAAA